UUGACAAUUGAGUGAGAUGUAGGAGACUGUAAAUAGUUGACAGCUACUAAAUAAUUGUUAAAUCGUGUUGACCAGGUUAAAUGACUUUAGCAAGAUGCCCUUUUGAUUUGAGUAGCAUCUCGACGUUAUCACAUCGGUUUGGGAUCUACGACAUGGAGGAGGCAGAGAAAAAUAGUGGAUUCAUGAGAAAAAUUACCUGGUCAAAUCCUUUCAGCAAGAUCAACUUUGAUUUUCGAUGUUUUGAGAUCAACUGGAAGGAUAAGGAAACCUAUAAAAAGUACCUCAUCCACGUCUUUGUUAUCUUCGUUUUCAUACUGUCCUUGAUAUUUGUUAGUCUUGCAUGGUAUUACCACAACGAAACGGAGAACGCAAUUGCCAGUAGUCAGCAGAUCUUUUUCGACCCCAGGCUUCGUGUAUUAACCCUAUCCGACCCCAAUGGCCAUGAUAUGAUCAAAGCCCAAUUAGGUCAAGAAAUUCCCUCUUGGCAAUUGCCUCUGCAUUGUCCGCUUAUAGAAACGGGUGAUCAAUCUAAGAAAGAGUGUUUAUGGAAGAGACACGCUGUUCUUCGAGUCAACCAUUUUUACUCUCCAGAUAAAGACAUCCAAUGCUACAACGUUUCUUGGGAAAGUCUCAACCCAAAAUAUGUACCCUAUGAUUGUUUUGAUAUUGGUGACGUUCAAUGGUUCGGGUCAUCUAACCUAACUUCCGGGUCGAUGCCCAUAUCAGGAAAGUUUGAUUACAAUUCUAACGAAUACAGUGCCGGAAAUGAAGGUGUCCUUCAAUCGGCCGUUGAAUUCUACUGGAUUACCUCAAAUGCCGUGGGAUUGUUUGUGAACAAUGAAAUACCGACGCAUGUCAGAUGGAAUACUACUAGAGAAGGUCAGAUGUGCCUUGUCGCAAACUUCACGGUACCGUUCUAUGACCAAGAUGACAAACGUUUGCCUGGACUAAACUACACUCUUUGUAAUGGACACGACACCCUAAAGACGCAUACUUUUAUGCGGAAUCUCCAUUCGGACCCCGAAAAACUACGCAUGAUCGACACCAAAACAUUACAAGACCCUCACUGGUCAACAGUUGCAGAGAAAAAAUCACGUCUCAUAACGCAAGCAGACGUCGAAGACGUUGCUAGGUCAGUAGUUAAGUACGGAUUAAAUUGUAGUACAAUUCAGAUUGAUGGAGUAUGGCAGUCAAAAUUAGGCGAUUUAGAGUUUGAUGCAUCAACAUUUCCAAAUGUCACCAGUAUGAUGGAAAUCGUCGAAUCUUCAAAUUGUAGUAUAUCCCUUGAAAUAAACCCAUUCUUUCAUUUUUUAUCUGAAAAUUAUGAUCAUGGUGUUAAGAACAAUUUCUUUGUACGGGAUUCUGGUGCCUAUGUUCCUGGGCUGGUCCAUUGGCAGCAUGGUAUUGCGUCAGUCCUUGAUGUUUCAAAUGAAAAAGCACACGAAUGGUUUGUCAACAGUAUUAAAUCCAUUAAUUCGAAUUAUAAAAUCGAUAUUCUAAGAUUCACCUAUGGCAAUGCAAACUGGCUUCCCCAUAGACCCCAUUUUAGCGUGCUAAACGAAACUCCUAAUGCCGUUAGAAGAUUGUUCACAAAUCUAGUCUAUUCCGCCAACCCGAAACUUGUCAUAGAUAAUACAGCGCAAACACAAAACGUUGCCAGUUUACUCAGCGUUAAAGCAUCGAUUCUAACCAUGGGCACCAAAGCAUGCAUCAGUGACGUUAUCCCCAAAUCACUAACACUCGGGAUCUUGGGCUAUCCCUUUAUUAUAUCUGACGGAUUCAGAUCUUACCACGAUAAAGUCAGUCUAAACACUCCAAAUUUACCAAGCAAAGACCUAUUCAUAAGAUGGAUGCAGCUAUCAGCUUUCUUUCCAGCAAUGAGCUACUCUUUGAGUCCAUGGUCAUUUGAUGACGAGACAGUUAAGGUUUCUAAAAAUGCGAGCGUUCUUCACGAAACCCUUAUUAUGCCAAUUAUUAAAAGCAUGAAAAUGAGGCAAGACCUUCAUCGAGGAUUGAGUAUAAUGCGUCCAUUAUGGAUGGCAAAUUCAGAUGAUAGAACCGCCAAAUCCAUCAGCGAUCAGUUUUUGAUUGGAGAUGCUUUGCUCGUGGCUCCGAUAGUUUGUGAGAGUACUGUGAAAAGAGAUAUAUACAUCCCAGCAGGUAUCUGGAACGACCAACUACGCUCUACCUUAGUAGUUGGACCUAAGUGGCUACACGACUACCAUGCAGGUUUGUUUGAGAUUCCCCAUUUUGUGUUCAUGCGAGUGUAUAAUUGAAAUGUAAUUAAAAGGUAGCACAUAAAGUUAUGCAUAAAUUGUUUGAGUGUCGGGAAACUGGAAAAUAGUCAGUGUGUGAGCGGAUUUUUGCACGAAUCUGUAAUUUGUAAAUAGUGAAACUUGAAAAACUGUGCUAAACGUAAUGUAUUAUUUCAACAAACAAAAUAGAUUAUAUAUGCAUAUCAAGCAUGGAUAAAAUAUUUGUGUUUCUAAGGAACUGAACGAGCUGUUGUGUGCUUGCCGUGUUAAUAUAUGACUUGAAACUCAUUUGUGUGUCUGAAUUAGCCGUGGUAAAAAAACACUGAAAGACCAUUCUGUUCCAUGAUUUGAUAAUAAUUUAAGGGCAAAUUUAAUUUGGGCGAAAUGUUUGAGAUCCUGAAAGUGAUAUAGUGUAAUUAUUUUGAAAAGCUUAAUUAUAUUCAACUGCGAUGACAAAAAAAAAGAGUUCGCCACUUCAAUUUGUGUUAUUGUAUUUGUAAUUUUUGAUUAAAUAAUUUCUAAAUCGAACAUUGUCACCGUGCAUCGUCUAAUAAAGAUGAAUUGGGUACAUGCUGUUCCUAAAUGUUCCCGGUAUUUAAUAGCUGUUUCAGAAAAACUUGAUCAGUUCAGAUGGGGAGGGGGGCCAUCUUUCGAUGCCUAAUUUAUUUCUCGAUUUAGCUACAUGGCCCGAUUUGUGACACAAGUUCAAUUGUAAAAAGCGGAUAUUUUGUGCAGACAUUUAACUGGAAUCAAACGAAUCCAAUAUACUAGUAUAUACAAUGUGAUUAGCUAAGAACAAUAAACCCCAAGUGUCUGUGGCAAAUGUACAUGCCAUGUUUGUCCAUGUCUUCAGCACCACUCACUGAAGUAAGCUGACCAUCACAAUAAUUUUUCACCCCAGGUCAAAUGAACCAACGUUAUUUUUGUUGGUGACUUCCCUAACUCAAGUAU